UAGCAUCGCUACACUGGCUUCCAGUUAAAUCUAGAAUAGAAUUUAAAAUUCUCCUCCUCACCUUCAAGGCCCUUAAUAAGGUGUUAGUACCUUAUAAACCCGCUAGAGCACUCCGCUCACAGAAUUCAAGCCUACUUGUCGUCCCUAAAGUCUCUAAAAGUAGAGUAGGAGCCAGAGCUUUUAGCCAUCAAGCCCCUCAGCUGUGGAAUAAUGUACCACUUUCAGUUUGGGAGGCAGACACCAUCUUUUCGUUUAAAAGUAGGCUCAAAACCUUCCUUUUUGAUAAAGCUUAUAGUUAGAGCUAAUUAGUGCGCCAGAACGUUACUUGUUCUAUUUUAUGACACAUGACACACGGAGCUUCUCUUUCCAGCUUCUCCUUCCUCUUCUCCAUCCCUAUCCCCCUUCCCCGGAAUCCCUUUGCUUUAUCACCCGCAGAUCCAGGGCCUCUGUGGCCGCACCAUGGAUUGCGGUUUGUGGAUCGCGCACCGGGGGUCGUGGUGUUGGAUCCAGUGUGGCGGAUUCUGAGUCAUGUGGGCUGAUCGUGGUGCUGGUGGCGGACCCUGUGUCUCGUUGGCAUUGGGCAUGGGCGGUGGACCAGGACCACGGUGGUGGCUUGUGAUGGGUCCUAGUGGACGGUGACUUGAUUGACUUGAUUGAUUGAUUGAUUCAUACAGUGCAUCUAUUAGCAGCACUUUCUUGUUCUAUGAUGGGCAAUUCAGGGUUCAGCAUCUUGCCACAGGACACUUCGGCAUGCAGAUGGGGAAGACUGGGGAUCGAACUGCAGACGACUCUUGAAGUACAGCUGUUCUACCCUCAGCCACUGCCGCAUGGCAGCAACUCAAUGCAUUUAGGCAUCUAGACGUGGUGAAAUUGACUUGCUGAAGUUCAAACUUUGAGUGUGGCAUGGUUGUUGGUGCCAGACGGGCUGGUCUGAGUAUUUCAAAAACUGCUGAUCUACUGGGAUUUUCACAUAGAAUGGUCCAAGAAAGAGAAAAAAUCCACUGAGCGGCAGUUGUAUGGACGAAUACGCCUAGUUGAUGUCAGACGAGAAUGGGCAGAGUGGUUCAAGAUGAUAGAAAAGCAACAGUAACUCAAAUAGCCACUCGUUACAACCAAGGUAUGCAGAAUAACAUCUCUGAACGUGCAACACGUUGAACCUAGAAGCAGAUGGGCCACAGCAGCAGAAGACUUUUGCCAAAAUUGGACAAUCGAAGAUUGGAAAAAUGUUGCCUGGUCUGAUGAGUCUCGAUUUCAUCUUCGACAUUCAGAUGGUAGGGUCAGAAUUUGCCAUAUACAACAUGACAGCAUGGAUCCAUCCUGCCUUGUAUCAACAGUUCAGGCUGGUGGUGGUGUAAUGGUGUGGGGGAUAUUUUCUUUGGCACACUUUGGACCCUUUAGUACCAAUUGAGCAUCAUUUAAACGCCUUGUUGAAUCAAUGCUACGAAAAAUGAAGACAGUUCUGAAGGCAAAAGGGGGUCCAAUGCGGUAAUAGCAAGGUGUACCUAAUAAAGUUGCCAGAGUGUAUAAAUCAAAUUUUUAUGCAAAUCUACUAUUAUAGUCAUGGCACCCCCUAGCUGUGACAGGAAGUACCAUGUUUUAUACUUUACAUGCUAAACCUAGCUUUUUCAUUUGAUCCACCUCAAAAUUGGUCAGCGAAGCCUUGAGACACUGGUGAAGUUAUGUAGUGACACUUUACAUUGAAUGCUGAUGGCGUGACCUUCGAUGUAACGCCAACAAACAGGAAGUGGCUCUAACUUCACCACAAUCUGCCUCUAACUUUACAUCACUAUACGAUGAGUCACUACCAGUGGCGGUGCGUCAAUACAGGGCGCUGGGGCGCCGCCCACCCUACAAUUUUGAGAUGAAAAAAAAAAAAAAAAAAAAAUGACAUGUCAAAAAACAUUAUAUAUCAAAUAAUUUAAUAAGAAAUGUACUGUUUUAAAGCGUUAAAUGUGUGCCGGAGACCGUAAGCCCCUGUCAAAAACCACUUAAAUGUGACCAAAUAUAAUAUAUUGCCAUUCGUUGAAUGAUAACAUACGAUAACGUCACUGAGAGAGAAGCCACUCCUCCCUGUGGGCGCCGGUCAAGUGGAAGUCUAUGGAAGCCAAAAAAAGGGGCAGGAACAUUUGAGCAAGGACAGUUCUCAUUGGCGGAUGACAGUUCGAGCCAUGGGCGCACGUACCUUGCGCCCACAGCCAAUGAAAGGGUUUCUAACAGGACUGUCCAAUCAGAGACCUUUUGUGAUUCCCUCACAUCACAUAUCUAAAGGUGCAGCAUAGUUAGCACUUAGCAGAUACUUGUUUUAAUCUGAGAGUAUGGCGAAUGAAAACUCUAUUGUAGCUAUUCACAGAACACCAUUCAAUCGACGAUCGGAUGUCGAUAAAAAGAAACUAAAAGAAAUGGGACCUGACCGUCCGGAUUUAAAACUUGAACAGAUAAGCACUGACCGCGGAAGAACCUACAAGCGGAGCUUCUCCUCCAGCCUUUAUGCUAACCGGAGCUGGUUAGCGGGCUGUGCAGUGAGUAAUGCGUUUUUUUGUUUCCCCUGCUUGUUGUUCCAAUGUACUGGGACUGAAAUACUCUGGACUACAACGGGGAUGAGGGAUCUAAAGCACUUCACCCAGAAAUGCAAGAAACACGAAUCGUCUCUCUGCCAUCUCACUAACAGCAUGAAGCUAAGUCUCUUUGGGAGACUGAGUAUAGCGGAACAGCUCGACGAAGGGUACCGAAUUGGCAUCCGUAAACACAAUGAGGAAGUAAGGAAGAACAGGCACAUUCUCUCAAGAAUUAUAGACUGUAUUAAGUUCUGUGGUGCAUUUGAGUUGGCACUGCGUGGUCAUGAUGAGAGCGAGAGCUCUGAUAACCCAGGGAUAUUUCGUGGCUUGGUGGACGUUGUUGCCUCACUCGACGGUGCACUGAAAGACCAUCUCGACAGCGCGACUGUGUUCAAGGGAACAUCCAAAACGGUCCAGAAUGAACUUCUUGACUGUAUGCUGGCUGUUGUUAGGGAAAAGAUCAUAAGCGAGAUUCAAAGCAGCGAUUUUCUAUCGAUCCAAGCAGAUGAGACCACGGAUAUUAGCACACAAACCCAGCUUGUGCUUGUGCUUCGCUACUUAAAUGGUGCUAACCUGGAGGAAAGAUUCUUUGAGUUCAUCCCUCUGCAGUCAGCUACAGCAGCGACCAUUGCCAUGGCAUUAAAAGAACGCCUUGCUGCCAUCCUCCCAGGUGAGCAGAAAGUUAAACUCAUCUGCCAGGCAUAUGACGGUGCCAGUGUAAUGAGGGGUACCUCUUCAGGUGUUCAGAAGAGAAUCCAGGACGACUACCCAACUGCCCACUAUAUCCACUGCUAUGCCCAUCAGCUCAAUCUUAUAAUGCAACAGGCCACCUCUCACAUUGUUAAAGUCAAGAACUUUUUUUCUGACUUGGGUGGAUUAGCUGCGUUCUUUUCAAGAUCCCCGAAGCGGACCGUUGUCCUUGAUAAAACAGUGGCCCGUAGACUGCCAACGGCCAGCAAUGUGAGGUGGAACUUUCACAGCCGUGCCGUCAAUACUGUGUUUGAGCACAGAGAUGACCUCAUUGACUGCUUUGAAAGAAUUCGAGCAUCAGAUGGCUUUGAUGACAAGACCAGCCACGAAGCAGGAGGCCACAUCAGGCUACUGGAGGAUCCUGAUUUCAACUUCUUCCUUAAACUGUUUCAUCGGAUAAUGCCACACGUGGACAUUCUCUAUGCCAAGCUCCAGAACAGAAACAUAGAUUCAGUCUAUAUAAAUCGCUGCAUCCAGCAGUUCCAAGAGGACAUACAAAAAAUCAGAGAUUCAGUCCAUGCAAUGGUGGUGGAGCACAGGAGUGGCUCUGAGCAGCCGAGGAAGCGCCGGGCUAUCGAUCAAGAUGAGCUUAAAAGGAUUGCCACAGAGGUAUGCGACACCAUACUUGGACACACCAAGGAACGCUUUGCCUUCAAGGACCACCUCAUCAGUGCCACCUUACUGGACAGCCCCCAGUUUGACCACUACCUCGCUGCAUUCCCUGAAGUUGCUCUGGCCACAACAUUGAAGGCCUAUCCUGUGCUCGAUGGAAGUAGGCUGAAGACAGAGCUUACCCUCAUCUAUGGCUCAGAAGAAUUCCGAACCUGUCGUGGUGCUGUGGAUCUUUACCAGUUGUUCAAAGACAAUAACCUUUCUGAGGUAUUUUCAGAGACAGAAACACUGCUUAAAAUCAUCAUCACAACUCCCAUGGCCACUGCUGAGGCUGAGAGGUGUUUUUCAACACUGAAAAGGGUUAAAACCUUUCUCAGGAACACAAUGACUCAGGACAGACUGAAUGCCUUAGCCAUGCUCUCAAUGGAAAAAAGGCUUGUCACAGACAUGAUUGACUUUAACCAGAAGGUGAUAGAGAGAUUUGCCAGCUUGAAAGAGAGGAGGGCUAAGUUUCUUUACAAGUAGUAGGGCCUACUCUUGACAAACAACAAAUGUAAAAUGUUAUGUCUCUUCUGCUCUAAACCUCUUUCGUGUGAGGGUGUGGGCACCUUUUUUAUUCUGUUCAUCUCUGAAACCCUACCCAAUGUCUCUUACCUAUGUCCCUACCAUUCUGCUCUGAACUGUCAUGCCCAAAGUAACAGGUUAUUAGGGCCCGAGCACC